AUGGUUGAUCUAGAUAAAUUGGAGAAGGAUUCAAGAAGGCUUCGAAGGCUGCAGAAGUUUUCUAAUGAGGCUAGAGACAGGAUAAUUAACGACCCGUUAAAUGACAGAGCACUGUUAAGUCGCUCUAGUUCUAGCAGUUUGGAUGAUCUGAGAAACUCUGCAAAGCUCAGGAGCAAGCUAUUGGAACACUUAAAAGUCGUAUGGACGCAAUACAGUCCUGUCAAAGAUAGUCAGGUUGAACACGGACUGAGGAAGCUGCGAGAAGUGAUUAUCGGCAUCUAUGGGCAACACAACCAGGACGAAGAGUUCAUGCUGUUCACUUUCGACGUUUACAAAUUGUCGUACGAAUAUUACCAUGCCAAGAAAGAACAUCACAAGCUAGGUAACCUGGUACUGGCAUUCAUGGUCAGCAAUGUACCCAAACGUCUGGCUGCAGAGUACGCAGAAGCUUAUGCCAUCUUUAUCUCACAUAUCGAACGUGAUAUGGGAAACUGCCUCAAAUUUGUGAAUAAGUGGCAUUCCGAGGGCAAAUUAGACGAUUCAUAUAGGAGGUACGUUCGCAUGUCCAUGAUUCUUAACAAUCGUACUGAGAGUGCAGGUAAGUGGUUUGAGCUACUGAAGGAAAUCCCGAACUCCUCACUGGUUUACAAGUUGUUGAGAAGCUCAUCGGCGUUUCUCGAAAUGCGCGACAGAUGCUUCGCAACUGUCAGCCGAUGCUACAACCAAAUCUCCAUGAGCUUCCUGUUACAUUACUGGUUCCACGACUUUCUGGACGAAGCAGAGCUCAAAACACGUCUCAAGACCAAGGUUAACGAUCAUGGAACAGAGAUUGUAGAAUUUGAACGGACAAGACGUUAA